GGUGGAUGAUGGACGAAAGUCCAGGGUAAUGAUUGAAUAAGGGUGUGGGGUAGUGCAAGCAAGUUGGGAUAGCUUUUAGGGGUAGAACAGGUGAAGAAAGUAUUUCUUUUGUGAUCCUAUUAUAUUUACUUUGACACGUACGAAAGUCUUGGCAUUAUCAGGGUGCAAACGUUCUAUAUUCGUUCAGCGUUUCUGUACUACGAAUAAGCAACUUUUUGUCUUCAUUUCUAAAUGAGAAACAAACCUCCUAGUGAUGUGAGGGAAUAUUUCUUCUAUAGUUUUUGUCGAUCAUGAAAAUAUUCAAAUACAUUUUUCAUCCGUCAUCAGUUAAAUAUUUAUCAACAUCAUGAAAGAAAAUUCAAUUACAAUUAUCUCAUUCGUUUUGUCACGAGUGAUCGAUCAAUUCUCACCUGAAAAUGUGAAUAAUCUAUAUUUAGAAUUCAUCAUCAAUUGCCUCAUUAGCGGGGUAAUGAAGAGUGGUGUUAAUCGAUGACAGUAAUCGAGAGGCGUAUGGGGGAAUAUCGAUGGAUAACUCCGAUUUCACUCACAACUAUGACAGUAAUCCAUAGAGUAGAGAAUUCCCAGCUAUUCCAGGAAAGAUGAGAGAGAAAAGCCGGAGAAAGAAACAAAAAUAAAAGUGACUGGGGUGUGAUGUAACCAGAGACAACUCUUAAGGGUCGCACGGAAGUGUGUGUUAGGGGCAAGGACCGGCCUUGACUAUACGUACGGCUCUGCCAACACGUUCGAUACCAAGUGGAGGUCCACGUGCCCUCGCUCAGAGCUUAUGCCUCCCUCUUUAUUUUUCCUCAUUCUCCUCUUCUCCCCCGUUUUGUGCGCGAGCAGCCGUUCAGUCGGCUCUCUGUCCCUCACCGGCUCUUUCAUGAACACAAUGUGUCAUUUAUGCGGAAACUCAGUAGUGAAUUUUCAAAAUAUUCCGGCCGGAUAGAGCAGGAAGAAUAGAUUUGGGCACAGAGAGGACAACCGUCACAAGGUGGGAGGCGGUGGACACUGGACGGUGAUUUUGGAUGUUAGCAGGCGCGGAGGUGGCUAAACAAGCCCCACCGCAAGGUACAGGUCCCAAUGCCGGUCCCUGUAUCACAAACCCUGACGCUCACCUCCAGUCUUGUACCCAAGGAGGAGUCAAACAUGCCCUUCAUAGAUGAUGAACUCCUCUGGUGUCCCGAUAAUGAUGGAAAAAUGGUGGAUCUGACGCAGUGCCUCCAGGAAAGUAGUACUGGUCAAUCCGUUGAAUUCUCUACGAUGGAGUUGAAUGCCCUCGUCGGUGCACCAGCUGCCCCAACCCAUGUGCCUUCAGAAGAAACUGAGGGUAUGUCAGGGGUUAACGAAGAGCCCUUCGAUCCACUCGACACUUUUCUGAGGGAAUUGCAAGCGGAUCUUGCUGAGGCAAGUCAACCAACAUCAACAACAACGUCAACUGUCAAUUCUUACAGGCGGCAGAGGUACAAUAUUGCCGCAGCAAAUCCACUUUUAGCAGAAAAGCUAGCUGCACCAUCGACGCAGGUAUCUCCCUCCUCUUCGAUGCCUUAUACCGCGAGAGCAGACAUUAAAACAGAGAACCUCAUGCCUGAAACCAGCAAAGUGGAUACUCGGGAGGUCCAACCACAUGAUACGAAUGGAGAUAAGGAAUCAUUGGGAUUGGCAACAGUGAAAGCUGAACCGGGCAGCACAAGUGGAGCUAGAUUACUUCAUGGAAUAUUGUCCCAACAUCCUCAACAGCAUCUUGGGGUGCAGAGUGGGUAUGGGAGACAUCUGUCGAGUCAUGGACAGCUUGGACAGCCACCUUACAGCUCAAAUGGAAUAGCCAAUAGUACGCCAGGGAGUGGAUCACUGCCAGCGAGUCCUGCGGACAGCGGUGUGAGUGACGUAGAAUCGAGUACGUCAUCAGGUGGUAAUGAAGACGCUAAUCUUUUGCUCAAAGCGAGACUCAAUCCAAACUCAUCCCUCCAACCGAAUCUCGCCUCUCACCACUCUCAUUUGCCUUCAGCCAUUGGCAGAUCGGCAUGUCACAGUCCAGGGGUUUAUCCGUCCUCCACAGGAUUCUUGCCACCCUCUUAUCAUCCACACCAACACCACAGUUCUCAGUACCAUCCACACAGAGGUGGCUCACCUCAUCAUCCUCACAGUAGCCACAAUAUGCCGUCAACAAUGGGACCACCACAUCACCAUCAUCAUCAUCAAACCCAAAGUCUUCAGCAUCUGCAUUAUCGUCAGCCACCAACGCUAUCAGAGAGCUACAACAGCUACGUGAAUUCGAUGUACGGUGGCGGUCAAUUUGCAGCGCCCUGUACUCCCUCGCCGCCGCGUGGUCCUGGUGGUGUGCCCACAAGUGUAAUCCAAGCGGCAACAAGCUCAGUAUCCGAUGAUCUCUACCUCCUGGAGCUCGGUUUUCCCCCGCGGGCAAAAAAAAGUAAACUGAAGAAGGCACGCCAGGCUGAUGGUGCUGCUGUAAAGCGAAAAUCACGCGAAGGCUCAACAACUUAUCUCUGGGAAUUUCUCCUAAAACUUCUUCAGGAUCGUGAAUACUGUCCCCGUUACAUAAAAUGGACAAAUCGUGAAAGGGGUGUUUUUAAACUUGUCGACAGUAAAGCAGUAUCACGACUGUGGGGUCUUCACAAAAAUAAACCAGACAUGAAUUACGAGACAAUGGGACGUGCAUUGAGAUACUACUAUCAACGUGGUAUACUAGCAAAAGUCGAUGGACAGAGACUUGUCUAUCAAUUUGUCGAUGUACCCAAGGACAUUAUCGAGAUUGAUUGCACUGGUGCGUGAGAUAAGGCCUAUCCCCUGUGGAUAAUUGCUAAUUGUCGUAAUGACAGUCUCAAAAUUCCACUGUGGCACGUACCCCAAACUUAAACCCUCUGACUCUCAUAUGAAAAAGAAAAAAACGACAAAAAAACAUUAUCUCUUCAUAAUUUUCUAAUCCUCUGUUAUUUCAUAAUUUAUAUAAAAUUGUUAUCUCGUAAUUUGAGGAGAUGAUGAGCAAAAUUGUACAUUCGAUAAAUUAUUUAUUGUAUAUUGGAUUUAAUAAUUGUUGAUGGAUCGAGAUGAGAAAGGGUUGAUGUAAAGUAUAUGAAACGAAUUGUGGGCUGUGACAAGGUUUAGUGAGAGGGAAAAGGAGGGAGGGGGGAGGGUAAAAAGUCACGGGGGGGGGGUGUAUUUUGAUAGUACACAUCGGUGACAUUAAUCUCGAUAAUGGAUGAUUGGUGCUGGCUGACAUGAGGUCCAAAAAGUGUUUUACUUAGCAAAAAGAAAAAAAUGAAAAAUGUGGAAAAAAAAUGAUAUAAUGUUAAUGGUUCAUAGAAUUAUCGAGACCACAUGUCUCUGUAUAUAUUAUAUAAAGAUGAUAAACAUUUAGUAUCUAUUGAAUAUUAUAUUAUUAUAUAAAUAUAAAUAUAUAUUGUAUGUUAUAUAGUAAAUGGCGAGUGUUGAUGUGUUUCUGUGAGAUAUUAAAUAUAAAAAAAAAAUAUUUCACGUCGGUCGAUCACAGUUUCUCAACGUCAACAAUUAGAUAGUUUUUAUCGAAUCUAAUAAAAAAAAGUACAACAAUUUUUACCAAUUAAUAUUCUUGUAAUGAGAGUGAAUCAAUGCUCAGUUUAUCGAUACGCACAUUAUAAACAAAAUAAUGACCAUUGAAGCUUCCAUUUAUCGAGACGUUUUUUAACCAACCAGUCACUGUGAUCAGCCUGGUGUGUAUAUAGUCUAUCAGUAAGUUUUAAAUUCAGUAAAUUAUGAGUUUAUUCAUUACCCCUUGGGGUAUGAACGUGAGCUUUCAGACGUGUCCCUUAGAUUUAAUAAUUUUUUUUUUGUACAUAGAUAAGUGAUUUAAGGUACAUUUACGAGGAAAUUUUUGGAAAAAAAAAUUCGUUUCUCUUUCGUAUGAUUAAUUGAAUUGUUGAAUGGUUUUUUCUUUAGGAUAAGGCAAAACUGCUCUCUGAAGAAUAUGUGAGGACACUUCAUUCAGGAAUUCAGAAUUUAAGUGAUAAAACUAGAUGAUUUUUUUUAAUGAAUAUGGGAUUUUUUUAACGUGAAAAAUAACGUCUCAUUUUAUUCUGAGGAUUUAGUUCAUCAGUCACAAUCGUGACAUCCUAUUGUGCUGCCAAUUACUCCUGUGACGACCCACAAAUGCAUUUAAUGAUUAAUAUUUUGAAGAAAAAAAAAAUCAGUGAGAAUAAUCAGGUUUAUACAUCCAAUCAGCUGGGACGCCAGGACAUACUGAUGAUACAAAACGAAUUGCCUUUUACGUAAUGACAAAGAGUUGCCUUUUAACUAAAUGAAGAUAUAGGGGGACGAGUGGGUGAGAGGGAGAGGGGGGUGAAAAAUGUUUUAAUGAAUUUUUAAAAAGGAACUAGAAAGGUUUGUCAGUACUUAAAUAUCCCAGUUGCUCCGACAAUUUGUUUUUGUUUUUUUAUUCCAAUUGAGGGGGGAUGGGGGAGGGGGAUUGUGGCUGGAUUUUUGGGAUUGACUACCUAGGAGGGGAUCAAGUACAAUGAUGAAGUACCUAUUACCAAUUAGGUAAGAGAAGAAGAUGGGGAAGGGGAGUGACAACUGCAGAACCUAUUUUUAGGAGGGAUACAGUAAAUUUAUGAUAUGCAUAACAUUGAUUACGAGAUAUUUUAACGAAUAAGACUUUAUGAUAGGGAUCAUUGUAAUGACUAUUGUAAUAUGUGGAGAAAAAGGAAAAUUAUGAUGGAUUGACGUAAGGAACUCUAAUGUAACGUUCUGUGAUUCGUUGUUUGUAGGUGAAAUUUAAUAAAAAUCAUGAUGUAUCAUA